ACAGGAAGGGGCGGAGCGCGCGCGCCGCCGCGGAGGAAGCCCGGGCGGCCGCAGCGACAGCCGGAGCCCCCCGCCGCCGCCGUCGCCGCCGCGCAAGCCCCCCCACUGCGGCCCCAUGGCCCCCGCCGCGGCGCCCUGCUCGCUGGCCCUCCGGGCCCCGGGCCCGCUCGCCGCGCCCAGCUCCUACGGCGUCUUCUGCAAGGGGCUCUCCCGCACCCUGCUCGCCUUCUUCGAGCUGGCCUGGCAGCUGCGCAUGAAUUUCCCGUACUUCUACAUCGCGGGCUCCGUCAUCCUCAACAUCCGCUUGCAGGUACACUUUUAGCACCGCCACGGGGGCGGCGGCGGCGGCGGCGGCGGGCCGGCAUCAUGGCCGACUCCCCGGAGACUCGGCGGCGGCGGCGGGGAAGGCGGUUGUCACCGCGGUCUCGCGAGAGCUCCGGAUCGCGCGCGCACGCGCACACACACGCACGCGCGUGCGCGCGCCGCACUCGGCCCGAGUCCCUUCUCCCCCGCGCCUGCGCUCUUCGUUCCCAGUCGCCGAGAGCCGCUCCGUGACUCGCCCGAGCCCGCGCGCACGUUCUGGGGAGGCUGGAGAGUUGGAAGUGAAGACCCGGGAGAUGAGCCUCGGACACGCGCUGCCUCUGCCGAAACCUAAAACGUUAGGACCGACGGGACGAGGCGUUCAAUGGUGUGUGUGUGUGUUUUUCCUCCAUGACGCUCAUCGGCCAAGCAGAAGAAAAGGAUGAAUUUCGGGGCGAUUGGACGGUGAGCAAGCAGGGACCUUGGAAAGGAAAUGAAUGAAGAGCUGCAGGCUCCGGGAUUGCACCGUGUGCAUGUCCUCAGCCCUCCGGAGAAAGCCCUGAGCCGGCAGGAACUUGCAAGAUGGACUGACCGUACAGGAACUGCAUCCUUCCAACAGAAAAGGAGGCCAGAAGUUUGGGAUUUGUAAGCACAUGGACUAGAUCUUGGAGCCAAAAGAGAAGGGAACCCUGGCAAACGCGAAGCGUGGCUCUUUCGUGCAUCACCUGUAGAUGAUCAUACCAGUGUCAAUGCUGUUUAUGGUUUUCAUCUUUGAAAUCAAAAAAAAAAAAAAACGCAAAUGUUAGCCUUGCUCGUGUGAAAAGGACCGUUUGUUUUACCAAGUCGCGAUGUUUAGGAGGAGAAUCAAGGUAAAUUGAAUGCAGUGCUACCCUUACAGAGUGGGAAAAUUAGAAGUCGGGUGUGCUUUUUUAAAGGGGAGCACUCCGAGGGGUCGCGCUGUAAAAUUGCUAAAAUUACAUAACUGUAUUUAGAAACGAAAAUUGGAAGUCAGCAAGAAAUGUCAGUAGAAGCAGCUUUAAGGUGAAAUAUCUCCCCCAUAUCCCGCGCCUCCCAAAAAAGGGGGAAUUGAGUACCUGGUGUAUUUAAAUGCCGAGACCAGCGAAUUUUAGUUGUUUUUGAGAGUCCGGAGAUAAAGUUGAGCAUUUAUGGACCCCGGGAAAGAGAAACGUUUUCCCAGAAUUGCAUUGCAUACCUGAAUAUGUGAAUAGUGGUAGCCAAAGUCACUCAUCAUUAUGUAAACACUGAAUAGAGUUAUAACAAAAUUAUUAUGUAACCUUGGGGGCAGUGAAGGGAGAGAUGUGUGUAAUGGAGAAAAAGCAAUCCCCUUUAGCUAGAACCAGUCAGAUUCUAGAAAUACAGAAAGGUCAGUUACAUAUAUAUAAAUAAGUUAUUCAGAAGAGCAUCCCAGCCAAGAGAUUGUCACUGAAAAAUAAAAUCCGGGACAGGUAGAAAAGGCGGGGAGCACUGCUGUGUUUUCACUAACAGUAUUAUUUGAUGUCUUAACUAUGUGUACUUGAUUAAAAAAUUAAUUUCAAUUGUAAAAGUGGUCAUUGAAGCGUACUCCCUUGGUUAAGAGCCUGCAACGUUAAAUAGCAUCAAAUUUUAAAUCAGGCAGUUCUCUUAAGAACUGUGUCCGUUGGAUAUCUGAGUCCAUUCAUUCUGCAUAAAUCCCUGUUUUCCUAUCAGAUGACAACAAAAAUACCCACCUGCUCUGCUUGGCCUGAAAAUUAA